UGUGUGGAUCAUGUCUCUGUAAAAAUUGCAGUUGCACUCUUGUCAGACAAGUGCAUUCGUUGCAGAGUGUGUCGUUUCUUCUGAGGAUUAUUGAGCCAAUGAACUUGAUUCUAAUUCUCUCUUAGCGCCUCGAUAUCUGUGAUUUAUCAAUGAACUUUUCAGCUCAUAUAUCUAAUCCAAAGUGCUAUCAAAUUGUUCCCUGGUGAUUAUAAGUGUCGUGUAGAUUUUCCCUCAAAAUAGAACUACCGUUCUUCAAAUUGCCUUACAAAAGGACUCAUUAUUGUGUAUUUUGUUUCUGUAGUUUUAAAAGCAGAACUACGUUUAGUAUUCAAAAAGUGAUGAUCUGCUUUAUGGUGUCAGAUAUAAACUUAACUUGGCAUAUCAAUGCCAAUUGAUAUUUGUUUAUAUCAAUUCUGUUGUUAUAAAUAUCUUGUUAACGCAUUGAAUAAGUGAUAUGGAAAUUGAUCAACUUUUAUUAAUUGCUAUGAAAAACUUUAACAGCAAUUAUACUAUCAUGCAUAAUGAUUAUUAUUUCUGGAGGCACAGUGGUUUACCUAUUAACCAUCAGUUGAUCGGUGUUUCGGAGGACACAUUACCUGGAUGAUUGUUCUUGAAUCUCAAAUUUACAAGUAUUAAACCUCUUCAAAAUGGACAGUAAUGAAAAAAACGACAAAGCAAAGAAGCACGACAAAUCAGAAAAACGUGAAAAGCCAGAAAGAAAGGUAAAAGAAGAAGUGGUGGAAAAAAAUUCGAAAAACAAACACGAUGAGGACAAGGAAAAGAAUGAUAAAAACACUGAUGAUAAUGCAAAUCUCAGUAGCGGAGAAAACGACGCUGGAGACGAAUUAAAAAUCGGCGCUGACGAAACUUACGACACGAGAAGCGAGGUAUCGUCGAGCAGUUCGGAAUCCGAAUCCGAAGAAGAAUCGGAGGAAGACGACGACGACUCGAGCACAAAAUCACAAGACUCGGACUCGUCGAAAUCGUCGAAAGAAGCUACAAAAAGAAAUAACAGCCGGAGUGCGGUCAAGCGUAGAUUGUCCAGAGAUUCGUCUUCCAGUCCAGAGCCUAACAAGAGAGCUAGAUCGAAAGAAAGCUCCAAGUCCAAGAGUAAAAGUAAUUCUUCCAGUAAAACAUAUGAUUAUACAACCAAGUUAAAUUACUUGUUCAGAGAUGCUAGGUUUUUCAUAAUAAAAUCAAAUAAUGCAGAAAACGUUACCCUGUCAAAAGCUAAAGGAGUCUGGAGUACUCUUCCUCAAAAUGAAGCCAAUUUGAAUUCUGCGUACAAAGAGUGCAGAAACGUUUUACUUAUAUUUUCCGUCAAAGAAUCAGGAAAAUUCGCUGGAUUCGCGAGACUCAGCACAGAAUCGAGAAGAGAUGGUACUCCGGUGUCUUGGGUGCUACCACCCGGAUUGUCAGCCAAGGCAUUGGGCGGUGUAUUCAAAGUCGACUGGAUCUGUCGAAAAGAGCUGCCUUUCACAUCGACGCUACACUUGUACAAUCCCUGGAACGACGGCAAGCAGGUGAAAAUCGGUCGAGACGGUCAAGAAAUCGAGCCGAGAGUGGCCGAGGAACUGUGCAGACUAUUUCCCGAAGACGACGGAAUCGAGAUGACGCCGAUACUGCGUAAAUCGAAAGAAGCCGCCAAACACGUUGUAAAAUCGACAUCGAACAGACACCGCGAUCGCACCGUGAUCACGCCCCGAUUCAUACGCACUCGUGGACGAGGCAGGAGACUGUUCCUGACGUCGAGAUCUCGACUGGCUUCGCUGGCUCGUGGCGAUCAUCUGGGCAACGAUCAUCGCAAUCAUCGGGAUGCCCACCGAUAUCCGGGCUGGUUCAACCGAGCGGGUUACGCCAAGGGAUACAGCGGAGCGGCGGCGCAAGCAGCAGCCGAGGCCUACGUAGCCGACUACAUGCGCAGCAUGCACCAGCUGCCUCGACUCCCGUACCCGAUCUCGUACGACACCCUGGCAGCGGCGCCUCCGCCGCCUCCGCGCUACUACGAGGGCCUACCGCUGCCGCCGGAUUACGGCGCGGCGGCGGCCGCCGCCGUGGCGAAGAACUUCGAGAAGCGCAGCUACGAGAGGAGCGUCGACGAGUUUUUGUGGCGCACGAGUCGGAGCGGCAGCAGCAGCAGCAGGCACGAGCACAGCAGCAGGUCGUCGCGCGACCAUCAUCACCAUCAUCGUCAUCGCGAUCGCAAAUGAACGGAGACGAGACAAACAACAGCAACAACAAAAAACUACGACCUUUUUUUACGACGAAAAUUCACGAAUACUGUAUAAUCUUUUUUCUCACUGAUGCGUGUGUGUGUGCGCGUGUGUAUGUAACGAUGGCGUGCGUCUUCCGUUGCGAAUGACAUUCGUUUUCCUUAACUUUUUUUUUUACUUUAAGUAAAUGAGAGUAAAGUAGCGUUGAAGCUGUUUAUUUUACCUGCGGUGUAAAAAAAUUAAUGUACGCGUGUGUGUGUAUGUGAUUAUCAAGUAACUUUUAUAAGAUUUUGUAACGCCUCUUUCGAGGUGAUUAGUACGCAAAAUGAUAUAUCAUUUCGGUUGUUAGUUUUGCAUAUGAUUCAAUGUGAAUGAGAAAGUAAAUCAUGUAUCGAUCUCAUACAAAUUAAUUCGUAACUUUGUACAAAAUGUAACCUGAACUUGAAGCGAACGAUUUAAUCUUUUUAAUGAAGCUAAAGUAUAUCUUUUUUGUUCCAUAAUUUUCGCGAAGCGCUGAUAGCCAUGGACUAUAACGUAACAUUUUUUGUUUAACUUAUGGAAUUAAGUCGUUGUAUGAUAAAGCACUCGAAGGAUUGCCUUAGACUUUGCCAUUUCUCUUUUUACAAGGUAAAUUAUUAUGGUAGAGCGAUGCGUAUAUAAGCCGAUGAAUAAAAAGAGAAAUAACAAAUGCCAAUAAUCGUGUACAAGAGAUGUUUCACGAUUUCUCGUGAUUGAAAUAAAGUUACAUUAUAAAUGUACAACUUAAGGAUAAAAAUGAUCGAUGAUAAUGUAUGCGGUCUUGGCCUUUUACUACAAAAGACAUUCUAAAUUCAAGGAUGAAAGUGUGAAUGGUGGAUUUUUCACUGUAAAUUGCGACAAAGAAUAUUUCAGCACAAUCGUUUAUGAUUAAAUGUGUAAAACGAAAUUUGUUCCUCAAAGCAGAAGAUCUUUGUAUAGAUUGUGUAAUUCACUAUACAUAAAUACUUAUUUUUUUGUAAAUCAAACGUAGACUUCUCACUAGAUUACGAUAAAGUAAAAUAAUAAAAAAAAAAUUAGUUAAUAUUCGUUUGGAAUUAAUUCAUUCAUGCAUGCAUUCUUCACCGAAUAUCCAUGCAUAAUAAAUUAUUCCACAACCGACGAUACUUUCUUUUCUCGAAAGAAAUUCGUAAAUGCACGAUCACAAGCGAGAAAAGCAUUAACUACUUUUUUUUCGAUACCAGCAAAAGAUGAUGAAAAAAUUCGAUGAUCUACAAUUUGUAUACGAUUAUAUUUUUUAUAAUUUAAAAAAGAAAAUGAAAACGCAAACAAAAGUAUCAUAUAUUGCGUUACGAUAACAGUAUUUGUGACUAAUUAUUCCUAGACGAAAAAAGAAAAAUGACCGCCUGUAAACUCCCGUUUUAUUUUGGUUUCCUCUCCAAGCGGGAAGCUCUUUUCUUUUAUUUAGCGAUCUCCAUGAAAAACUAUUUAAUUUUGUGGCAUAGACGAUUAUAAACCGAUAUAGAUUGAGAAAAAUAAUAAAAAUCACGGCUGACAGACGAUUGAAGCCUCUAUAUAAACCGAA